AUGAGGGAUUUUGAUCUGGAGAAAUCCAAAGAUGCGUUUCUCGAUUACACGAAGUGGCGAGUUGAUUCCAAAGUGGAUUUGAUCUCUAAUGAGUUUAAGUUUGAGGAAUACGAUGAAGUGAAGAAACAUUACCCUCAUGGCUUUCAUAAGGUUGACAAAAGUGGUAGACCAAUCUACAUCGAGAGGCUCGGGAUGGUUGACCUUAACGCCUUUCUUAAAGCAACCACUGUUGACAGAUAUGUUAACAAUCAUAUCAAAGAGCAAGAGAAGACGCUGAGCUUGAGAUAUCCCGCUUGUUCGAUUGCUUCAGGGAAGCACGUUUCGUCUACCACUACCAUUUUGGAUGUAUCUGGAGUGGGAAUGUCAAACUUCUCAAAACCUGCGAGAUCACUCUUCAUGGAAAUUCACAAGAUAGACAGCAACUACUACCCUGAGACUUUGCAUCGCCUCUUCGUUGUCAAUGCCAGUUCUGGAUUCAGGAUGUUGUGGCUUGCACUCAAGACCUUUCUUGAUCCUCGGACUUUGGCUAAAGUUCAAGUGCUAGGACCCAACUACCUUGGAGAGCUACUUGAAGCAGUAGAUCCAAGCAACUUGCCAACAUUUCUUGGAGGAAAUUGCACUUGUACAGAUCAUGGAGGCUGUCUUUUUAGCGAUGAAGGACCUUGGAAUGAUCCAGACAUCAAGGAAAAGAUCCAGGAGUCUUCCACAAUCGGAGAUGCUGAUCCAGAGAGGGAAACUUUAGAUAAAGUCUCAGAAAAUGCUUCAGCCAAUCAAAAGGAAAACUCAGGAAAGAUGGUGAUUACACUGGAAAAGUAUACUGCCCUGAAAACUGCUGUUAAGGAUUCCCAGAAGAAAAUUGAAAUGUUGGAGGUAUCACUCCAUGAGACCAAAAAGGUCUUGAAGGGACUCGCAGAGAUCAUUAAACCGAAUGAAACCAGCAAACCUAUAGCCAAAUACAAACCGGUUUAGAUUAAGACAAAUUAGUUAAGAAAAAUGUCCGGUUUAAUGAGCUUGAAAUGAUGAUAGAUAGUGUGUGGAAUCCGUACUACGGUGUGAUAAAUGCAAUCCUGUGUGGAGCCAAUCUGUCUCACAUGCCCUCUAAUUUACUUCCACAAACAACUGCACUGCACGUGUGAUCUCUGAUGCUUCAACUUCAUUUGCUCACACAUUUAUUUCUCUAUGUUUUAUUAAAAUCUAAUUCCACAGCUCGAUUUGAUCCU